UGUGGAAAUCAACCCAUAUGAGAAAACAUUUAAUAAAUCUGAGUUCUCUUUCAGCAUCUUUAAGACACCAUGCCGCCGAAGUUCGACCCGAACGAGAUUAAAAUCGUGUGCCUUAGGGCCGUUGGUGGUGAAGUGGGAGCCACGUCUGCGCUGGCGCCUAAGAUCGGUCCUCUUGGUUUGUCGCCAAAAAAGGUCGGUGAAGAUAUCGCGAAAGGAACUGGCGACUGGAAGGGUCUUAAAAUCACCGUUAAGCUUGUGAUCCAGAACCGACAAGCAAAAAUCGAGGUUGUACCGUCGGCUGCUUCCCUCGUUAUCAAGGCUCUAAAAGAGCCCCCUAGGGACAGAAAAAAGGUCAAGAAUAUCAAGCACUCCGGUAAUCUCACCCUGGACACAAUUAUCGAUAUCGGUCGCCAGAUGCGGCCGCGCUCAAUGGCUCGUGAACUGCGCGGAACAGUCAAGGAGGUUCUAGGAACGGCUCAGUCCGUUGGAUGCACAGUUGAGGGUUGUAAUCCCCACGACAUCAUUGAUAAGAUUAACGAUGGCGAAAUAACUAUCCCUGAAAACUAAGAAAUAAAUGGGCCUAUCACCGGAUCCCUUCGUGCGGCCAAUUCUGGACACGCAGGGACACGGUGACAUACAGCUGGUGUGUAAAA